CCGUCUGAACCUUUCUCGACUCUUACCAAUCUCUCUCUCUCUCUCUCUAAAUUUCGCUCCCAAUUUGAUAAUGGAAUUGCAAACGCCGUAAUCUGAGUCGCUGGUUCUGAAUUCGUCGAGAUUUGAUCGGACUAGGAGUUUACGACAACGCGGCGGUGGCGAAGUAGGAGGAGAAAAGGAGGAGGCUAGGUUAGGAUUUGAGUUUCGGGAGUUAUCUGCUCCAAAUCGGUGACAAUGGCGCCGAGGCUCGACUUCGGCGACGAAUCCGGCUUCACGUUCCUUCUCUUUCUGGUCUCGAUUUUCCGCCUCAUCGCCGUGCUCGUCCACUCGGUUCUCCACAUGCGCUUCAUUACGCCGCUUGAGAUCGACGUGUUGCUCGAUCAAUUCUCAGAGGCUCGAGCCGUCGAGCACGUUCGAGUCCUGGCCAAAGAUAUCGAUAGCCGCCAAGAAUUUUUUUUGAACUAUCGGUCUUAAUGCCCACGGGCAGAAGAUUGAAGUAUGCAAAAGCAGGGUAAAGAGUCAUUGCCAGUAAAGAAGUCAUUAUAUGCAGCCUAACCCACAUACAAUGAGACAACUAAACCAAAUCCAUGCGCUGCAGGUCAAAAAUCCAAAACCCCAAGUUUUAAACCCCUGGCUGGGAUAUCUGACAAACUCUUCAGCACCACAAAAUGCCCUUUUUCUCUAUAACCAAAUGCUCCACCACCCAACUUCCCAUAACCACUACACAUUUACUUAUGCUCUAAAGGCAUGCUGCUUGCUCCAUUCACCCCAUAAAGGCCAAGAAAUCCAAGCCCACGUCACAAAAUCUGGUCACAUAUCUGAUACCUUCAUCCAAAACUCUUUGCUCCACUUUUACAUAAUCCAAUCUGACAUUGUUUCUGCUACCCGCGUUUUUGAUUCAAUACCCGUACCGGAUGUUGUUUCCUGGACUUCGAUGAUUUCGGGUCUUUCCAAGUGUGGGUUUGUGGAGGAAGCCAUUGUGAAGUUUAUGUCCAUGGACGUGAAGCCUAAUUCCACUACUCUUGUGACUGUUUUGUCUUCUUGUUCUACUUUAAGAGCUUUGAAAUUUGGUAAAGCUGUUCAUGGCCAUUGUUUGAGGAACUUUCGGGAAAGAAAUUUGAUUUUGGACAAUGUGGUGUUGGAUUUCUAUCUGAGAUGUGGGUCUUUGGCGAGUGCACGAUACCUGUUUGUCAAUAUGCCCAAGAGAGAUGUCGUUUCUUGGACUAUCAUGGUGGGUGGUUAUGCACAAAGAGGUUUUUGUGAAGAGGCAGUGAAACUUUUCCAACAACUGCUGCAGGGUGGAGAAGCUGAGCCUAAUGAGGCUACCAUUGUCAAUGUAUUGUCAGCAUGUUCUUCGAUUUGUGCAUUAAGUUCAGGCCAGCAGGUGCAUUCCUAUAUCAGUACUCGACGAGAUCUCACGGCGAAUGGCAAUGUGGGGAAUGCCUUGAUCAACAUGUAUGUGAAGUGUGGAAACUUGGAAAUGGCUAUCUCAGUUUUUCAGUCCCUGGAGCACAAAGAUAUCAUUUCAUGGAGUACCAUAAUAUGCGGCAUGGCCAUGAAUGGCCAUGGCAUACACGUGUUGCAGCUCUUUUCCAGUAUGCUAGUCAAUGGGGUGUCUCCUGAUGGUGUAACCUUCCUCGGGUUGUUAUCAGCAUGCAGUCAUGCUGGCCUGGUAAAUCAAGGGUUGAUGUUCUUCAAUGCUAUGAAGAAAGUUUACCGGAUUGUCCCUGAAACACAGCAUUAUGCGUGUCUGGUCGAUAUGUAUGGUCGAGCUGGGCUAUUAGAGGAAGCAGAUGCUUUUAUUAAAGAAAUGCCAACAGAAGCUGAUGGUCCUGUUUGGGGAGCGCUGCUUAAUGCUUGUAAAAUUUAUGGGAACGAGGAGAUGGUUGAGAGGAUCAGAGAAGGCCUCCGCAAUAGUGCAGGAGUGAGCACCGGAACUUAUGCUCUGUUAUCAAAUGCUUAUGCUAAACAUGAUAGGUGGGAUGAUUCUAAUAAGGUUCGUGAUGAAAUGAGAGAGAUGGGGUUGAAGGCACCACCAGGUCGUAGUUGGAUUGAGAUUGGUCCGUCCAUUUAACCUAUACACACGUGAUCCCAAAUUCCCAAUACAUGGUCAUCAUAUGGUCAUACCCAAGAACCACUUUUUGUCUAACCAGACCCCAUGAUGGGUUUUUAGAAAUUUGAGCCAUGGGACCCUGUGAAUUUGGUAAUAUCAACAGUUGAACCGAAGUUUGAGAUGUACAAAAUCAAUCAUCCGGAAAAUGAGAACCGAGAAGAAGUUGAAGCUGCAGAGGAACAUCAAGGAGAAGGAUAGAUCAGCCAAUGAGAUGGCCCACGUGAGCUCGGGGUCAAGGGGAAGUAGUAAAUGUAGAAAUUUGCUGAAUAGAUCAAGAGAAUCAAGUACAAGCUUGAAAAGGCCAGAUAUAAGGAGGCUUUGCUGAUUGAAAGACUCCUGUCGUUUAACCAAACAAUAGGCAAAGAUAGUUGGAGAUGAACUCCUUGAUGGAGUUAGGGGAGGUCAGAGAAUUAUUGCCUGCCUGGUUUGGAGGUGGGAGGAAACAAGGUUUAAGAUCAGGUGCUAGAUGAAUAUCAGAAAAUAUUUAGUGAUUCUUGGAGGACUACACGAGGAGAGCAUACAACCGUUGCCCUUAUUUAAAUGAGGCUGUAAAGAAUUCCAGAUGUGUCUGUAAAUCUGUUUUCUUUAUCAUCAUGUUGUAGCUGGGAUCAUCAGAGGACAGGUGGUUACUUUUGGUCUUGGAUGAUUUCUUUGGUUGGGACUUGGUUUGGUUGGCUGGACUGAAACAUCAUCUCUUUCUCAAUAGUGUCUCUUUCAUGAAAAUGCUACUGUCCAUGAGUGCUGCACCAAUGGCUCUGGCUAGACUACCUCCCACAUAACUUUUCUAAGCCUUCUGCUGGUCAGGUCCUCUGGAAUGGGCACGAGAUGGCAGAUUUAUGAGUUUUUCACCACAGAAGUUCACAGUUCUGGAUAGUGUUGACUGAUCUUCUUGAAGGAAAGCUAGGAACUUCUUCACCUGCUUCACAGCUGAUGGGGAUGAGGAGAAUGGCGAAGGAGAAAGCAAGAAUGAAGAAUCCUGUCAAUGGAGCAGUCGAAGAGCUUGCAGCAGCUCACGAGGUUGCUAGUAAUCGACACGCCUAUUUGAUUGCUUGAUGAGCCUUCUGUUGCAUUGAACAUGCAAUGAUGCUAUGAAGCUAAUUCAUCGAGUACAUUAUUAUAGAGCAUGGAAGGAAAGGUGGCACUCUCAUUUUGGACCUCAGCUGCAUUGACUGUAUACCAAAACCUGAUGAAGAAAAUUGUUUGUCGA